AUCAAAGGAAGCAACUAGAAUAUAAACAGGAGACUCGAGAUGGAAUCUGGAGCAAAAAAACAAACUGGUGGAGGAACUCAGUGGAUCGAGCAGCAUCUGUUAGAGUAGAAGGAAUUGCCGAUGUUUUGGUCUGAGAUCCUGCAUCAGGACUGGAUUGAAAGGGAAGGCAAUGUAAAGAUUGGAUUAAGGAAUGUACCAGUGCUUUGCCUCACAUGUAAGAUGACCACCACUCUAUAAGUUCUACAUCCCUGGAACACAAAACAUGGUGGAAUGAAAGUAUAGGCGUUGCUGAGGGAAGAGCGCAGUCGCUUUCACAGCACGUGAGGAAAGGCUGGAAGGUUACCAUGGUAACUGUCAUCACAGAACAACUACAGAAACAGAGUUUGGAUGACCUGGCUUGUAAGGUCUUCAAUAUUAACCUGCCCCUGCCUGAGAAUACGAACAAGGGUGGCUCCUGGAAUCCAUAUCAAUUCAUAGCAGGGGAAAGGAACUGGAAUGUUUUAGACUCCUCAAACACUGAAUUGCCGGUGGGCAUGGGUUUUCCUUCAUUCGCAAACUACAGCCUAAGCAGUAUUGACUCCUCCAAUCAGAAUAAAUCGUUGUGCACAAGACAAACAACAAAAACAUGGAUGGGACAUGUGACGAGCACAUCGGUGGGAAAUUUAAGUGACUUGCAGUUCACGGAGAGUUUUACCGCACUGCCAGAUCCACCAACCAAAAGACACUGUCGGUCUCUAUCUGUGCCGGAAGACCUGUCACACUGCAGGUCUCUCUGGAAGCCUGCUGGAUCCAAGGUGUGGACUCCUGUCAAACGGCGAUGCAACAGUGGUGGAAAUGGGGGCGGCCAACUGUGUAACACAACUCAACGUCCCACCAGCCUUGCUCUCCAGCAGUUAUCCAACUCCAGUCACCCUUCCAACACCAGCAGUUUCACAUUUUCUAGUCUCACAGCAUCUCCUGAAUCCCCGUUGCCAUGGAUGCUGUCGCCCAAUAAUCAUUCCACAGAUAUCGGUGAGAGAACUUUCUUGGGUGUGCAGUGCAUUUUGCCCGAGCAGUGCACAUUCAUUCCUCAAAGGCGUUUCUCACUGUCGCCAGUACACAUUCGAGAGGCAGCAAGGUGUCUGCUUUCAGCCAAAAGCACUCCCUCCUCGACACCAGAGAUGAACCGACGACAGCAGGGCUUGUCGCGUAGUCACUCCCAACCCUGUGACUUAAACGAACGCAAGUGUGGUAUAAAGCGAAGGCACGAUGAUGACGUCAGGUGGACAAGGCCUGCUUUGGACUUCUUCAAGAUGAACCAGAGAAGAAACCUGAGCAGUCCUGCUUGCCCAGAUACAGAGGAAAGGAAAGCCCUGGCGGGCCAGUCGCUCGUCUCCAUCUUGGACACUGCAGACUUCAGGGCAGAUUUGUUGCACAACUGCCCAACAAGAAGCUGCUGGAUCGAAACGCUGAGUGAAAGUGAGGAAGAGGAGGAUGCUAAGAAUUGUGGUAGUACAGUGGCCUUUCCGUUCCAUCGCUCCUGCGAGGAUUUAGAUUUGGAUAUGAUUGAAGAAAACUGAAAAGGAAUAUCAGGAUCUUUUAACCCCAUGAAUUACGCCUUAAAAUGCAAACCCAUGAGUACAAAAUACAAAGUUUCACAGAUUGUUCUUCCCCACCAGCUCCCAUCGUUACACUACUAGAUUGGACAGUUUCAUUGGGGGUUGUCCUGUGGGCUGGGACCUGUGAACCUGCCUUACCCAGGACAGCAAGGGUUAGGUCCAGGUGGAAAAGUUGUGCCAUUCCUCUUGCCACCUGGGUCUCCUCAGAUGAUGAACUGUGUCGACGUCACUACACUCCACAUGCACAAGCCCUCAAACCUCCAGUGCAUCUGCAAUAAACUCUGUGUGAUGUAUUCCGGAGACAGUUCUGUGAUAACCAAAUGGUGCCUUCAGAAGCAAACGAGUCAGAGGAGGAAUAGAUGAGCAGAAGCAAAAUUCACAAAUAUUUGAAAGGGCCCUGAAAUUGACUCCUAUUUUCAGCUUCGCAUUAUUUCAAUAAAGCUAUGAUUAAUGGCUUAGUUAGAUUCUCUCUCUUUUCCCUUUGUCUCAUUUUACACUCCCACCCCGUGGCUUAGAGAUCAAGCAAAAUGUAAUGGGGUGCACAGUGUUCAAAAGGAUGUCUAUUUCUGGGCUUUGUGAAAGGCUGUGUGAUCGCUAUUCAGGAGGGAAGCUGCACUGGUGGGAGUUGUACUUUUCUUCAGUGUUCUCUGCUGAGGUGAAAUACAAGCUCAUGAUCACUAUGAAUUGAGGCCUAGAUUUUAUAAUUGGGCAAAGGAUUAGACCAGUUGCCGAUGAUGUAGAGAGAAGGCGAAGCAGGUCAGCCUCGUGAGUGAUUUAGCUCACUGAUGGCUUUCAGGGUGAGGAGUGACUGUAAGGUGUCUUUUUUUUUUUGUUACUUUGUAGAAUCUACUUGAAGAUACUCUAUAUUUUGUUGUAUUUUAGUCCUUGCACCAAAUUUAUGAAUGACGAUCAAAGAUUCACUAUUUCCUGCCGAUUUUCUGUGUCCUCUGGGGGGAAAACUCCCAGCAUUUCUAAUGAAUUUAAUCAAAGAUUGUGAUAAUAUAACAACCACUGCUCUUUAUUCAUGACCUUCAAUAAAAAAAAACCUGUUGAAUAGU